AUGCCGGACGGCUCACCUCGCAUUUCAGGCAGUUCGCCGCACAAACUGUCGACUCCAGUCAGAAUGCGAACGAAGGUGAGAAGUCUUUUUUCUGAAAAAGUUGAAAUUGGAGUUUCAGAAGAAAUCGCCGCGUCAAGAGGAAGACGAAUGUGAUGGGGAAGGAAAUCCGUGUGAGAGCCUCACCUACAGUCCACGUUCGCCUUCGUUCCGAGGUUCACUUUCUCGGCUUGACUUUUCUAACUCCUCGCACAUUAUUAGAAAAAAGAAGUUUUUCUGCGCUUUUUCUGCCUCUUUUUCGACUAGAAAUCCUCUCAUAGGGAAUACUCAAAAAUUGGAAGUUUUUAAAUACCAUUAGUAUAACUCUUUUUAGCAGCGAAUGCCACACGCUUGCCGCACCACGCCCUGGUGAACGUGUUCAGCUACUUGUCGAUGUCCGAUUUACGCUCUUGUAUGCUCACUUGUCGGCAAUGGAAUAAUGUUCUUUCUCUCGAGGUCAUCUAUUCUUUUUGGACUUCAUUAAUUCGUUUUUUUUUUUGGUUCAGGACAGUGUUGUAUGGUCAUCGCUUGUUCAGCGAAACGUUCCAGAAUCGGCGCUCGCCGACCCUUAUCUUUUGUCCGAACUCACGAGUUCUAAGAAGAAGCUUCGGUCUUUUUGUUUUGCUUGGAAUCCUAACGACGCUUCGAGGUUUGCUGAAUCUUCGCAUCGGAAUAAUCGUUGAACUUUUAGAAACAAUUAUGUAAGAACCAAUGGGUACACUGUUCAUCGACAGCCUGUCGCCCAGAGUACCGAUGGAAUCCGCGGAAAGGUUGGAAUAUAUAGUUUCAUUUCAGUGAUGAAAUUUAUUUGCCUAAUCAAAUUAAAUUUUCGGAUGGAAUCCGCGGAAAGGUUCAUUAAGAAAAAAAGAGUUUUUAUAGGUUUUUUUCAGAUUUUCUAAAGAAAUAAAUAAUAAAAAAAAGCCAUAACUGGGGGAUCAUACUAGAGCGAUUUCAAAUAAUAUUUAAGCAUGUGUUUUUGAAUCGAUUUUUGUUUCUUGGCCCUUCUAACAGUUGAGCAGUUAUUUAUUAAUAUUAUCUUUAGGGCUUAUACGUCAUAUUGAUUACGUAGCGCGAACUUGAAGAAUACAACGGCAGAAACAGUUUUUACUAAAUUUUAGAGAGGAAUAUCUAGCGGCGUCCACGCGUUCGAUAUCGUUUGGGAAGGACCUCUGGGCACAGUGGCCGUUGUUGGAUUCGCGACAAAGUGAGUCGAGAAAGAAAAAAAUCAGUUCCAACUGAAUGGUUUGAGACACGCGGCCCUGCACUGCAUAGGGUACGUGGCGCUUCUCGGAAGCGACGACCAGUCUUGGGGUUGGAAUCUCGUAGACAACGUCCUCAUGCACAACGCCCAGUCCCUCGGCGUUUAUCCCAGUACUAACAAUCCUCCCAAAUACGAAGUUUGUUUUCUUUUUGUUCCUUUCAAAAACCACUGCUUUUUAUACAUGGCUUUUUUUUUCUUUUUCAAUAAUACUGUCAUACUCGCCUCUAGAAGCAGCAGAAAAUAUAUUAAAAAGCCGAUUCAAAACAAAAACCAGCAGAUGUUUGAACUUUCACGUAGUGUUAUUUGGACGACGUGAAUGAGUUUAAUGCAGGAGAUUUAAUAAUAAAACAGAGAUAAAUAUAUUUUAUUUGCCAGAAACCUGGUUUAGGCUGCGUAGACGUUCAUGCAUAUGCACUCAGAGCUCUACCUCAAUUUUUACAGUAAGAAGACGUUUGAAAAUUCAUGAAAACCAAACUUUUCCUAAGGAAAACCACAUUGUAGUUUUUUCAUUUUUCCCAUGUAAUGAAUUGGAUCGUUUCGUUCAGAUGGGAGAACGGCUGCGACUGGUGAUCGACUGUGACCAACACGUCGCUUACUUCGAACGCGGUCACGAGUUUUUCGGCGUCGCUUUCCGUCAUCUGCCGCCCGUGCGGCUGUUUCCUGCCGUCUGCGCAGUUUAUGGAAACACAGAAGUCUCGAUGGUCUACGUGGGGAGUCCGGCCAUGGGCUGA